UGGGGGAUCAAGGGAGAAAAGGAGAUACUAUGUGCAUGCUUCACGAUUCUCAAGUUUUUAAAAUUUAUAAAAUAAUAAUAACAAAUUAAAUAGUAUAAGGACAUUUUAAAAAUUAAAGAGAAAGAAAAUUACUUUCCAAUUUUUAGGAACCCUAAAGGGUUACCCUUGAAUUGCAAUGUAUUUUUUUUUUUUUGUAGUUAUACCCUAAGUGCUUAUUUUUUUAAUAAAUAAAAGAAAUAUUUACAUGAGAUUAAUUUUAAAUUUUAAAAAGAUAGCACGGGGAGUCCCAUUAUUAUAAACGUGGCACCUUUAAUGAAUCUCAGCUUUUCGGCAGAAGGUCUUCAGAAAUCUCCUCAAUUUCUGCUAUUCUUCUUCUUCGGUAUUACCAAACUGCUCUCCCACACAGCCACAUGUUGCCGGAAACUUGCCCUUGAAGCCUGUCCAAGCCCUUUGCCUAUUGCAAGCACCAAAUCGUACCAGAAGAGGUCACUGGUCAUCGAAUUGCGCGAUGGAUACCAUUUCGGCGGCAUUCAUUGCUGUUUUGCUGGUUGCAAGUCUUCUCCCAUAUGGGCUGACGUUGCCAUCCACGGUCCCUGCAUUUUUGUGGUCAUCUCAUCAGGACGGAACAAAGGAAGUAGUAAACUAUCAAACCUUCUCUCCUAAGGAUUUAGCCAAGUCUGUUCUGUCUGAGGGGGGCUGGUCAAACAUUCUGUGCCCUGGCAACAAACUACAGAAGUCUCUGGAUCUUGCACUUGUUUUUGUUGGUGGAGAGUUGCAAUCUGUUGAUAUCUCUGGCAUAAAACAUGCAGAUCCAGCACUGGUGGACUUGCUCAAGGUGUCUUUCACAGAGUCCAACUUUUCCAUUGCAUUCCCAUAUGUUGCUGCUUCAGACGAUAAGGAGACGAUGGAAAGUUCUCUGAUUUCAGGGUUCACAGAAACUUGUGGACAUGAUUUAGGAGUCAAUAAUGUUGCCUUCCUGGAGUCAUGUUCUGUAGAGGGUGACAAUUUCGGAAAACUUUCAGACCUGCCAUCAGUCCAUGAUUAUCUGGUUACAAGGAUGGAAAAGAGAAGAGGGGGGCAAGCAGAUAUGGUUGUGUUCUGCAAUGGAGGCUCACGUUCUUCAAAAGAACCAGAUCAGACCCGUUCUGAGAGUGAGAUUCUCUCCGAGUUAAUCAGUUCUUUGGAUCAGUCAGGCACAAGGUAUGCUGUUCUCUAUAUUUCGGACCCAUUGAGGUCAAUUCAGUAUCCUUCAUAUCAAGAGAUACAAAGGUUUCUCGCUGAAGGUACCCACGGAAAUGGAUCAUCCAAUUCCACCGUAUGUGAUGACGUUUGCCUGAUCAAAUCGUCACUUUUGGAGGGAGUAUUAGUUGGGAUUGUUUUACUUCUAAUUUUGGUAUCGGGCCUUUGCUGUAUGAUGGGUAUUGAUACCCCAACGAGGUUUGAGACUCCCCAAGAUUCUUGAGCUGCUGCUGUUUCUCUUGGUAGUUCCUGCUUGGCAUUUUUAUUCUGGGGGCUGAUUCUUUGAUAUCAGGUGCUGGAUGUCUCACUUGUUAUGCUGUUCCUAUGGGACAUCAUCUGAUACUGUAAUAUUACUCAUCCUAAUUUGGAGGAAAUUUUUAUUAUGUUUGUUUUAUAAUAAUGUUGUAAGUGUUUUGAGCUUCACACUUUGAGAUUAAAUUAGAGGGAAUAUUUGUCCAAGUGGAAUCAUCUAGCUUUUUGCUAGUGUGUGUAUGUAGCUGGAAAUUGUUUCGCUCCACAUUUAGGUUUCAGCAGGCUUGCCUUCUUAAUAUAUAGUUAAUAACGAUCUUCAAGUUUUGAUAUA